GCGGCGAACCAUAGAAAUUUUGGCACGACCGACAGCUCUCCACUCCCCGCAAUAAAUUCCACGACAAGAGCAUCUGCACCGCUGAGCUCGAGCUCCAGUACCCUUCAAUUGCGCCCUCCGGUCCUGGCACGGACACCUCCCCGCGCGUUCGACCGCUUUGGACUACUUGCGGGGGUGGCAGCAGAGCUCGAAGCUCGGUGCUUGACCGCCUGCAAUGGCUCUCUGCGGGCGUCUGGCACGUCGCGCACCCGUUCUUUCAGGCCAAUUCCGCUCAAUCGCUCCUUCCAUUGCCUCUCGACAUUUCGUAUCUCGAGCUUCCAGACCCUUGGUCUCUCUUCGAACCGCCAAUGAGUCACCUGCGACAUACCGGCAGCUCCGAGCUUUCUCAAAGAUCUCCGCAACAUGGAACAAGACACAGGAGGCGCCUAAUGCGCAAGCAUACCUGGAUAGCGGCGUAAUUGCCGGAGCUCGUGAUCUGGUCGACGUGAAGAAGGUUUUGGUGAUUGGCAGCGGUGGUUUGAGCAUUGGUCAGGCUGGGGAGUUUGACUACUCUGGUUCGCAAGCCCUGAAAGCCCUGAAGGAGGCCGAUGUCAAGUCUGUGCUGGUCAACCCCAAUAUCGCAACCAUUCAAACCUCGCACGUGCUCGCCGACGAAAUCUACUACCUGCCCGUAACCCCGGAAUACGUCGAAUAUGUCAUUCAGAAAGAGAAGCCCGAUGGUAUCUUCCUCAGCUUCGGCGGUCAAACAGCUCUCAACCUGGGAGUUCAAAUGAACAAGAAGGGUAUUUUUGAGAAGUACGGCGUGAAGGUCUUAGGCACAAGCAUCAAGACGCUGGAAACCAGUGAGGAUCGUGACCUGUUCGCUCGAGCUCUUGAUGAGAUUGACAUUCCUAUCGCAAAGUCCAUUGCUGUCUCCUCAGUCGACGAAGCCCUGGAAGCUGCGGAGAAGGUCGGAUACCCCAUCAUCGUCCGUGCUGCGUAUGCGCUUGGUGGUCUAGGGUCCGGUUUUGCGAACAACGCGGAGGAACUCCGAAAUCUCUCGGCCCGAUCGCUCACCCUGUCACCACAGAUUCUAGUGGAGAAAUCGCUGAAAGGCUGGAAGGAGGCAGAGUAUGAGGUGGUCCGUGAUGCAAGCGACAACUGCAUUACUGUUUGCAACAUGGAGAACUUUGACCCUCUAGGAGUGCACACUGGCGACAGCAUUGUCGUUUCUCCCAGUCAAACGUUCAGCGACGAGGAAUAUCACAUGCUUCGGUCUGCGUCAAUCAAGAUCGUCCGACACUUGGGCGUUGUUGGCGAAUGUAACGUCCAGUAUGCUCUCCAGCCGGAUGGUUUGGACUACAGGGUUAUUGAGGUCAACGCCCGUCUAUCUCGAUCAUCCGCUCUUGCCUCGAAAGCUACCGGGUAUCCGUUGGCUUACACUGCCGCGAAGAUCGGUCUUGGUCACACGCUCCCUGAGCUGCCAAAUGCGGUCACCAAGACCACUACAGCGAAUUUCGAGCCCAGUCUGGAUUACAUUGUUACGAAGAUGCCGCGGUGGGAUCUGAGCAAGUUCCAGAACGUCAAGAGAGACAUCGGCAGUUCGAUGAAGUCUGUGGGUGAGGUAAUGGCAAUUGGACGAACUUUCGAAGAGUCUUUCCAGAAAGCUUGCCGACAGGUGGAUCCUAAGUUCUUGGGCUUCCAGGGAGAGAAGUUCGGUGAGGAUCUUGACGAGCUCUUGAAGAAUCCUACCGACCGCCGAUGGCUAGCUGUUGGCUAUGCAAUGUUCCACGAAGGCUACUCGGUCGAUAGGCUGCAUGAGCUCACCAAAAUCGACAAGUGGUUCUUGUACAAGCUGCAGAACAUUGUCGACUGCACACACGAGCUCGAGGACAUUGGCAGCUUGUUUGGUCUGAAGAAGGAGAUUAUCCUGAAGGCAAAGAAAAUGGGCUUCUCCGACAAGCAGAUUGCGAAGGCCGUCAACAGCACCGAAGACGAAGUCCGAGCACGCAGGAAGAGCUUUGGAAUCCGACCAUGGGUCAAGAAGAUUGACACUUUGGCUGCGGAGUUCCCGGCAUCGACUAACUAUCUUUACACUACGUACAAUGCCUCCUCGCACGAUGUUACCUUUGAUGAUCACGGUAUCAUCGUCCUCGGCAGUGGUGUCUACCGUAUUGGAAGUUCUGUGGAGUUUGACUGGUGUGCCGUCAACGCUACGCUGUCCCUCAACAAGCUCGGAAAGAAAACUGUCAUGAUCAACUAUAACCCGGAAACUUACAGCACUGAUUUUGACGUCGCCGAUAAACUGUACUUUGAGGAACUCAGCUACGAGCGUGUCAUGGAUAUCUACGAGCUGGAGACGGCUAGCGGAGUCGUUGUCUCUGUAGGAGGUCAGCUACCGCAGAACAUUGCUCUCAAGCUUCAGGAAUCCGGAAAGGCAAAGGUACUGGGCACCGAUCCUGCGGAUAUCGACAAAGCCGAAGACCGUCAUAAAUUUUCUUCCAUCCUCGACUCGAUCGGCGUGGACCAGCCAGCUUGGAAAGAACUUACCUCAUAUGAAGAAGCGAAGAAGUUUGCGGACUCCGUUGGAUACCCUGUCCUUGUUCGACCGUCUUACGUCCUUUCCGGUGCUGCCAUGACUGUCAUCCGCAACGAACAUGAGCUCGAAGCCAAACUCACCGCUGCCGCCGAUGUCUCUCCCGACCACCCGGUCGUCAUCACCCAGUACAUCGAUGGUGCUGAAGAGAUCGACUGCGAUGCCGUUGCUUCGAAUGGCAAGCUGCUUGUGCAUGCCGUCAGUGAGCACGUCGAGAACGCUGGCGUACACUCUGGGGAUGCAACGCUUGUCCUUCCUCCGGUCAACCUCGACGCAAGAAUCAAGGAUCGGGUCAAGGAGAUAGCAGAGAAGGUCGCCAAGGCAUGGAACAUCACCGGUCCAUUCAAUAUGCAGAUCAUCAAGGAGGCCGUGGAGGGCCAAGAGCCAAAUCUCAAGGUCAUUGAAUGCAACCUGCGCGCCUCCCGGUCCUUCCCCUUCGUCAGCAAGGUCCUCGGAACGAACUUCAUCGACGUGGCUACCAAAGCGCUUGUUGGUCGCGAGGUCCCUGAGCCUGUCGAUCUGAUGGCCGUAGAGAGAGAUUACGUAGCAACGAAGGUCCCUCAGUUCUCAUGGACUAGGUUGGCAGGUGCUGAUCCGUUCUUGGGUGUCGAGAUGGCGUCCACUGGUGAGAUGGCUUGCUUCGGCAAGGAUCUUGUGGAAGCAUACUGGGCGUCCAUGCAGUCCACCAUGAACUUCCGCCUACCUCAACCUGGCGAAGGUCUUCUGUUCGGCGGCGACACAGAGUCGGGCUACCUCGUGCAAAUCGCCAAAUACCUGCACCCUCUUGGGUAUAAGUUCUACGCGGCAAAUAACGACGUUAAAGAGGUGCUGGAGAAGAACACCGAGGGAGUCAGCGUUGAAGUCAUUGAGUUCCCCGUGGAGGAUAAGAGGGCGCUCCGUGAGGUGUUUCAGAAGUACGAUAUCCGGGGGGUGUUCAACCUGGCCAAGUACCGGGCUAGCUCGCUAGUCGAUGAGGACUACGUGAUGAGGAGGAAUGCGGUCGACUUUGGCGUGCCGCUGUUUAUGGAGCCUAAGACUGCCGUCCUCUUCUCCCAGUGCAUGAGCGAGAAGCUGCCUAAAAAGGGUGGCAUCCCGAGCGAAGUCAGGUCAUGGAGCGAGUUCGUUGGUGGCCGACCAUUGUAGACACCUCACACCGAAAGAGUCACUGGAAGAAUGGUAUCCCCUUGCGGGAAGGCAGAGAUAGACCGGAAAACGAAAGAGAAAGAAGUCCCAUGUUCGUGUAUAUAGCGUUCUGAUGAUGUCGCUCGAUUCAUUUGCCCUAGGAGAGGAGUUUCUGGCGACACCAACGCCGCUUAAAAAGUCCCUUUUUUGCUCCUGAGCGUAGUGCGUGUGCGUAUAUAGCCUGAUAAUUAAUCAAACGAUAUCACGUAUUUUCUCUGUUCAUGA